AUGGCAGACAGGCAGACACCAUUUUCUAUUAGCCUUUUCGGAAGCCAGGCAUCUGAUGGCCCUCAGGACGAUACUGCGCCUUCGCGCGUGCAACGAGCAUUGGUGGACUUUAUCAUGGAGUUUACUCUGGACAAUAUCUUCGUUUACAGAGAUCAAAUACGCGAGAACGUGCUCUUGAAGCAAUACUAUUGUGAUAUUGACGUUGCCCAUCUCAUCAGCUACAGCCCCGAGCUGGCCCAUGACCUUAGACAGAACCCGGCUGAGAUCAUACCUCUUUUUGAAGCCGCCCUCAAGACAUGUACACAGCGUAUCGUCUACCCCUCACAGAAGAACAUAUCCCUCCCUCAGCACCAAUUGCUCCUUCACUCCAACGCUUCAGAGCUUUCUAUCCGCGAUCUCACCGCUACAAACGUCUCACAGCUCGUACGCAUACCCGGUAUCAUCAUUGGUGCAUCCACGCUUUCCUCCAAGGCCACAGCCCUCGCUAUUCGAUGCCGCAAUUGCCAGCAUGAAGAGAUCUUACCUAUAGCGGGCGGCUUCUCAGGGGUCUCUCUUCCAAGAACAUGCAGUAGGAAAAAGGGAGAAGGCGAGGUCGGCGAUCAGUGUCCGCUGGACCCAUACUAUGUCAUGCACGAGCGCUGCCAGUUCAUCGACCAGCAGGUGCUCAAGCUGCAAGAAGCGCCUGAUAUGGUCCCAGUUGGCGAACUUCCGCGCCACAUUAUGAUUUCUGCCGACAGAUAUCUUGCCAACCGCGUUGUUCCUGGUACACGGUGCUCCGUCAUGGGCAUUUUUUCUAUUUACCAGCAAAAGGGUUCCAAGCGUGCAGGAAACGCUGCGGUAGCCAUUCGCAAUCCCUACAUACGCGCUGUCGGCAUCCACGCAGAAGUCGAUCACGGAACCAAGGGAAACGCGGUUUUUACUGAGGAGGAAGAGCAAGAAUUCCUGGAGAUGAGCCGCAGACCAGACAUCUACGAGGUCUUUUCACGAUGCAUUGCGCCCUCCAUCUACGGAAACCAGGAUAUCAAAAAGGCCAUUUGUUGCUUGCUAAUGGGUGGUUCAAAGAAGAUUCUACCAGAUGGAAUGAAGCUUCGUGGCGACAUCAACGUACUUCUUCUUGGUGACCCAGGUACUGCCAAAUCGCAGUUGCUCAAGUUUGUCGAGAAAGUGUCGCCAAUUGCUAUUUACACAUCCGGAAAAGGAUCCUCAGCCGCUGGUUUGACUGCUUCAGUGCAACGCGAUCACAACACACGCGAGUUUUACCUCGAAGGAGGUGCUAUGGUUCUCGCAGACGGUGGUGUAGUGUGUAUCGACGAGUUCGACAAGAUGCGCGACGAAGACCGAGUAGCUAUCCACGAAGCCAUGGAGCAGCAAACCAUUUCCAUUGCUAAAGCAGGUAUUACAACUAUUCUCAACUCGCGAACAUCAGUUUUGGCGGCUGCCAACCCGAUUUUCGGACGUUACGACGACAUGAAGACACCUGGUGAGAAUAUCGAUUUCCAAACCACCAUCCUGUCGCGUUUCGAUAUGAUUUUCAUUGUGCGCGACGAGCAUGACCGUGGACGUGACGAGCGGAUAGCAAAGCACGUCAUGGGCAUCGCCAUGGGCGGGCGUGGUGUGGAAGAAAAUGUACAAGCUGAGAUACCGAUUGAAAAGAUGAAGCGCUACAUCACCUACUGCCGGCAACGGUGCGCACCUCGUCUUUCGCCUGAAGCGGCGGAGAAACUCUCGAGCCACUUCGUUAGCAUCAGGCGACAAGUGCACGCUUCCGAAGUGAAUGCCAACCAACGGUCUAGCAUCCCAAUUACGGUGCGCCAACUGGAAGCCAUUAUCCGUAUCACGGAGUCGCUAGCCAAGCUAUCGCUCUCGCCCAUAGCAGAUGAGUCUCACGUCGAUGAAGCAAUCCGCCUGUUCCUUGCGUCUACCAUGGAUGCAGUGAAUCAGGGCGAAGGACAGAGUUCAAAGGAACUCAUGGAUGAGGUCAACAAGGUGGAAGAGGAACUUCGGCGCCGUAUGCCGAUCGGGUGGCAAGUCAACCUGUCGACUCUCAAGCGCGAAAUGGUCGAUGGCAAGGGAUACUCUGAACAGGCUCUUGCGCGGGCGCUGCACGUCAUGAACGCGCGAGAGACGAUAAGGUGGAGACACGGAAACAGCGUUGUCUUCCGCGCCAGUGCCUAA